AUGGGCAUGAUUACACAAAAUAAAAAAGCCUCAAGUGACUUAGGGUUUUUUAUUUCUUCGUUUUUUCCUCCCCUCCCAUCCCAUUACGUUUCUUCCUCCCUUUCGUUUCAUACUCAGCCAGCCGCCACCGAUUCCAAACCUCUCUCAGAGCCAUCACGUCACGCCUCUCUCUACCGCCGCUCUUCUCUCAGCCUCUCUCAGUCGCCGUCAUCACGCAGCAAACCGGAGAUCCCAUUCGCUCGCAGCGUCCCCCUCUUCGUCUCGCAUAACUCUCUGUCUCUGUCUCUCUCUCAGAUGGUCGUUACCAGAUUGGAAUCUACACUGUACAAGGAAUUCAAUAUGGGGAGGAGAUCAUAUUCGACUACAAUUCUGUUAGUGUGGCAAUACCCUUGUAUCGAAUGCUUCAUGGGUUUACAGAAUUUCUUUACUGAUGCAUAUAGUGCCUUGUGUUUGGCUUCUAGGGGUUGUAAAAAAAGUUAAAGUUCGUAUUGAAUCAAUAGAAGGUUGUAAAAAAA